AUGAAGGUGCUGGUGUUGCUGGUGCAGGAGGAUGUCAGCCUGUACCAGCAGCAAGUCCUUUGCAGCAAAGUGCAGCAAGGGUUUGUUAGAGCAGACAGAACAGAAAAUGAGCCACAAACUGUGCUUUUCCCAGCUUCUCAGAGAUUCAAGAGGUCCUCAGCUGCCUUCCUGAACCCAGUGUUACAGAACUCGCUGGAGGAUGUGGUCCUGCUCUAUGAGUUUCUUUUAGCUGAGCUUGACAUUGACAAAGGGCAGAGGAUCUCCAUCAAGGAUGAGGAGCUGGCUUCCCUGAGGAAGGCUGCUGACUUUGACACCAUCUGCAACGAGAUUAUCCCCAAGAGCAUCCCAGAGAUCCGCAGGCUGAGCAGCAGGCUGUCUUCCUACCCGAGGGUCCUCAAGAAGGAGGACUUUGAGAGGACAGUGCUCACCAUGGUCUACACGGCCUACAGAGCUGCCCAGUCCCAGGGACACCAGAAGGACACUUGGGCUGAAUCCUUUGUCAACCUCUACAAAGCCCUGAAGAACGAUUUGAUGCUGUCAUACAACAAACAGCCCUCAUAG